GUUUACUGAGUCAACUCAAAAGACCUCGGUAAAAACACUGAUCCCGAGUCCGAGACUCCACGCGUGAUGCCCUAAGCCUUUCCUCUCCUCCUGCGGCCGGCACUCCCGCCGUUGCUGGCUCAGCCACCUAUUCCCUGUCAUUUGUCGGAACAUCAGUCACUAGAAAAAAGAGAAUGGAGGAGAAGUCGAGCCAUCUGCUAGUUCUCUACGCUUCGCAGACUGGGAAUGCUAUGGAUGCUGCCGAGCGCGUCGGUAGGGAGGCAGAACGCGGUGGCUGCCCUUCUGUCCAAGUCCUCCCCAUCGACCGCCUUGAUGCGAGUUGUUUACCAGACCAAGAAAUUGUAAUUUUUGUGGUUUCUACCACAGGACAGGGGGAUAUACCAGACUCAAUGAAGGUGUUUUGGAGGUUUCUUUUGCAGAGGAACCUUAGCAAUCAGUGGUUGGAAGGACUUCACUAUGCAGUUUUUGGACUGGGUGACUCAGGGUACCAGAAAUAUAAUUUUACUGCAAAAAAGCUGGACAAAAGGCUUUCAGAUCUUGGAGCAAAACCAUUAAUUGAAAAAGGUUUAGGAGAUGAUCAGCACCCUUCAGGCUAUGAAGGUGCUCUGGAUCCUUGGUUGUUGUCUUUGUGGAAGAUGCUGAAUACAGUGCAUCCAAACAUUUUGCCUAGGGUUUCAGAUAUUAUGGAUCCUUCUAAGAGAAGUUUGGAUCAUGCAAAAAUUGAGGUUAUUUACCAUUCUUCUGACAAGAUGCAACCAGAUCAUUUAACUGCAUAUGAUCUGGAAAGUUCUGAGGUGGUGAUAGAGAGUGCAUGUUCAAUGUCACCUGCACAGUUUCAUUAUCAUGAUAAGAAGCCACAGUAUCUUUUGCAUAUGAUAACUAAUCAACGAUUGACAAAUGUGGACCAUAGUAGAGAUGUGCGUCACUUUGAAUUUGAAGCUUCAUCAAAUGUCAUUGACUAUCAAGUGGGUGAUGUUCUUGAGAUUCUACCAAGCCAAAAUCCUGCUGCUGUCGAUGCAUUUAUACAGCGCUGUAACCUAGAUCCAAACUGUUACAUCACAGUCAAGGCUAGGGAUACUGAAAAACAAUCCGUCUACAAAAGUAUAAAGAGCUUGGUGCGCCCUAUUAAACUGAAAAACUUUGUGGAGCUUACAAUGGAUGUCGCAUCAGCUUCUCCUCGGCGUUACUUUUUUGAGGUCAUGAGCUUUUAUGCAACAGCUGAAUAUGAGAAGGAGAGGCUUCAAUAUUUUGCUUCUCCUGAAGGAAUGGAUGAUCUAUAUCAGUAUAAUCAGAGGGAGCGAAGAACUGUUGUAGAGGUACUAGAGGAUUUUCCAUCUGUGCAGAUGCCGUUUGAAUGGUUAGUGCAGCUGGUCCCUCCACUAAAAACAAGAGCAUUUUCCAUAUCCUCUUCCCCUUCAGUUCAUCCAAAUCAAGUUCACUUAACUGUGAGCAUUGUGUCAUGGACUACUCCUUUUAAGAGAAAGAGACAUGGCCUCUGCUCAUCAUGGCUAGCUGGACUUGAUCCAUUUAAAAGAAGAGGAGUUCACAUUCCCGCUUGGGUAACUCGAGGUUCCCUGCCUCCACCUCCACCAUCACUACCUCUCAUUCUCAUUGGACCAGGAACUGGAUGUGCACCAUUCCGAGCAUUUGUUGAGGAACGUGCUCUCCAGAAUUUGACCAGAUCAACAUCUCCUAUUCUCUUCUUUUUCGGAUGUAGAAACCAAUCAGUUGAUUUCUUAUACAAGAACUUCUGGUUGGCGCAAGCCCAAGAUGAUGGGGUGCUAUCGGCAGAUAAGGGUGGCGGCUUCUUUGUUGCUUUUUCUAGAGAUCAGCCACAAAAAAUCUAUGUACAGCAUAAGAUGAAGGAAGAGAGUAAAAGGAUUUGGAGUCUACUGAGUUCAGGAGCUGCAAUAUACAUCGCAGGGUCCUCCACAAAGAUGCCUGCAGAUGUGACAUCAACCCUGGAAGAAAUUAUUGCAGUAGAAAAUGGGAUGUCUAAAGAAUCAGCUGCAAGAUGGCUCCGGCUACUGGAGAAGGCUGGUAAAUUUUUCAUCGAGGCAUGGUCAUGAACUCCAAUCCUCUCCUCAGAUCAGACAGCCAGGAAGUGCCAUUUUAGUUUGACCAAGAGUUGUUUGAAACAGUGGAAUGCAUAAUGGCAAUCUCACCCUAGUGAUCUACUCUACCUUUCAGUUCUUUUCCUGCAAUCCCUAUAUAGUUCUUGUUGUUGCAGCCUCUGAUGACAUGCUCCACUUCAGGCACCUGAUUUUAACAGGCCAAGUUUAUAUAUAGUCAGCAGUGUUGGCUUGGACUGUGUUGCACAUCUUGUGUAGAACACCUGAGAGAAUGAGGCAGAAAAGGUGCACUGUUCUUAGAUUCAUUCAAAGAUGCGAUGUAUUUAUUUAUAUUUGUUGAAUCAAUCCCUGUAAGAUUCGAGAGCAAACACAAUCAUAUAAUAAUAUGGUGUCAUUCAUGUGA